UCCGAAAAACGAGUCUCGCGUCACAGCAAAGGCCCAAUCGGACGCCCCGCUAUCCUGAGUGUGAAUUGGCGGGAGGGAAAGCCCAUCAGAGGUGGAGAGACGCCGAGGUUUGCGGUGGAUGCGGCGCGCGGCGAUGUUGGCGGGAUAUGAGGAAAGGGCGACGCAAGCUGCCAAGGAACGAGUGAAUGUGCGAGCUACUUCGAGUAACGAGCGACUGAUCGGCGGCGAACCGUCUGAGAUGGAGAAGCGGGCGGGGGCAGCGGAAUCGGAGGCGACACCACGGGGGCAUGGGAGGAGGAGGAGGAGGAGGAGGAGGAAGGGGAAGCGCGGCGAGCUAUCUCGUGUAUGUAUUGUGCCUGAUAUGGAAGCGCAGCAUCUUUGCAGCUUACCGCGAGGCUGCAGCCGGGAUCAAGGCAAGCGCGACGAUGACGACUCCCGGCCGCGACGCUGCAGUAGUCGCACGCCAAUGCCGCUCCAGCACACGCGCGGGGCCGACAGCACGAGAAAGGCCGACGCUGCAGCACUUUUCUGAGCCUCUGCUCUGCGCUCACGAUGUUUCUGCCAUCGCCGGCUCCAUCCCUGCCCCAUCGCCAUGGCCGCCGGGUGCGGUAAGCCCAAUAUUCGUCUGCAUUCGCUUAAUUCAGCCACAUCCCGCGCGGAAACGCUGCCGGUCAGCCUCGUGCUCGUCCGUUUCAUGCGCGCGGGACCGCGGAGAGAGGCUCAGUCGCGACGUCACUCCUAUCACCAUGAUCCUGAGCGUACAAGGGAGGACAGCCGAUACCCAUGAUUGCCGGCAUGAUGUGAGAGCUGAUAGCUGGAAGGUGGGAAGGGCCCGGACAAUGAAUGGUGCAUCGCCGAUGCAGCUCCGACGCGCUGGGCUGGCUUUGGUGCUCGUCUCGCAUAGAAGGGACAGCAUUUUCGGGUUUCCGGCACAGCCAACAUGGCUGACAGUGACAGCUGACCUCUUUCCUCUUCUGCUGCAUGCGCCCGUUGUCGGGAGGUAUUACAAGACUAUGAUACACGGCUGCGCAGCCAAUCAGCGGCAGCCUGGUAAUCAGCGGCCUCUCCACCCGCAAAUAUCCACGACACACAGAGCCGAUCUUGGAGGCGUUCGAAACCUGAAACGCAUCUGCACUGAUACCGCAGGACCGUCCGCGGUAUCAAGUUGUGCUCGUUGGCACGCCACAACCUCGAAACGCUAUCCAUCACCAUUCACCACAGUACAGACAACGCAAAUGAUUGAAAUAUCAAAAACCCCCGCUGAAGCGCUCUGGCCGUCGGGAGUGGCAAACACAGUCUUCAGAAUUUUUCUUCCAGGAUAUCCUCGUGCUUGUCCAGUUGGGCAGCUAUCCCUGUCUAGUACGACAUCGUGGCUACUGUGGCUAGAAGCUUGUGAGGGCUACAGCCACUCCCAGCCAUCACCCCGCUUCACCCCGCCCACCACCCUUGCGCCCCCAGCUUUGAACGCAGCAAUCAGACUUUGCUACACCAUACCUUAUCUACCCGGCAUCCACCUUACGGUUGGUGCGGCAUCGCUGCCAAACCAUCAGCUGCGCCCCCAUGACAAACGACCGUUCGACCCGUAUCCGAAUCCCGGCAGUCAGCCUUGCGCAGCGUAGCCAACAGAGCCGCUACUGCUCAAGAUAGUGCUAGAAAGCCAGUUGGGCAAAACAUAAAUUCAUCCGCAGUCGCGUUAAGGAAAUGUGUCUACCAUCGACGAGCUCUAUACUUUGAUUCAAAGAAAGAACGACCGCGGUGUAUAUGGAUCAAACUCAACCGCCGAAGCGCAUCAGGAGGCUACUUCCACGAGGAGCCAGA